AAGUAUCCCGUCGAUGGACAAAGUCUAUAAGUGUUUCAACCCCGGAGUCUUGGGCGCGAGCGCCGCCUAGAUAGAGUGACGGGUCAAUAACGUCUGCGAGGGAUACUAGCGAGUUGUGUGACAUAGUCAUUACCAUUUCGUGACCAUAACCGCUUCCAUCGAGUGUCAUUGUCCUACGUGCUCAACACGUCGCCAAACCGUCUAUGGUCUUUGACUUGCUACGAUUACUGAUUACUCGGCGGAUACCAAGCGGUAGUCAUGACUUCUAGAAUAGAACGCUACCAGAGGUUCCUAAGAGCCGUCCAAUCACUGCAAUCCACACCGCUUGUCGUUAUCUACCUGACGUUGAUCCCUGUGUCGCUGCUAUGGAAACGAUUAGUACCGCCUCUCCAUUUGCGCCGAGUGCUUGUGCUGUAUAACUUGCUGUGCAGUGUGUUGAGCUUGUACUCGUUCGUGAUUAUUGCUAAGCACUAUGUGCAGAAUGGAGUGGAGUCGCUGUUCCGAAUGGAGGUGAAUCAAUCGAUUAAACAGGCUCUCCUCGUGUACUGGGCUACCAAGAACAUUGAGCUCCUUGACACCGUAUUCAUGAUCCUUAGACAUCGUCAGAGGCAGAUCUCAUUCCUUCACGUAUAUCAUCACUCAACGAUUCUUCUCCUAAGCGACUACUGCUACCAUUUCUACGCAUGGCCCUCUAUCGCCUUCAUGCUUGGGUUGAAUUCUUUCGUGCAUAUCUUCCUUUACUUUUAUUACGCCCAGUCCGCGCUAUAUCAGCAGCAGAGGCCGGCGUGGAAGAUCCGUAUGACUGAGCUACAAAUAGUUCAGUUCGUGAUAGGGCUAGUGCACGUGGCCAUGGGGUAUCUCUAUUAUGGGUUUUGUAUCUAUGGGAUUUUCUAUGGUUUGAGUAUGCUAGGGCUAUUUGGCAAUUUUUAUUACCACGCCUACAUCAAAACAAAACCAUCGAACGCGAAAGUAGAAUAGAGUUUAUAAUUUAUAGUGUCAUUCGAGGUUUCAAAUCUGUUAGGCAGCGGUCAUUAAUUACAGGGGGGAGUUAGGCCGGCAUUUUUGCAAAACCCUGGGCUAAACAUAUUUGCCCCCCCCCCCUCAAAUCCAAGCCCAAAAAUCGUGACCCCCACCACCACAUUAUUAUAUUCAAUAAUUAUAUCGCUUUAAAACCACAGAGACUUGAUAUACAACAUAUAUAACUGAAUAUAACCCUUACUAAAAUAAAGAUCAGCUAGCAUGUCAA